UUUUUUUUGAUGCUUCCUCGCUGUUGGUCAGCAACGUCAAGGCGCAUGCAUUGAGGUAUGGGGGGUCUGGUUUGUACUCGACCGGGAUGCUGACGCUGGUGGGUGGCAGCUCGCUGUACACGCGGUACUGCAGCUUCGAUGGAUACGCACACAUGCUGUACAUUAAUAUCCUCACUGUGAGUGAUCACUCUGUUUUUGCGCUUCUCAACAAUAGAAUUUCUUUUGGGGCAAGUCUUCUUUAUCUGCGCCACGGAUUCAGCGUAUCGGAUCACAGCGUGUUGCGCGUGGUGGGGAACAGCGUUUUUUCAUUCUAUGCUAUUUACGCUAACAAGUUUUGGACCGUUGAGCAGUCAAGCUGGCUGGAUUGGCGCGACAACGACGUGGGAGUGGGUGCGAUUUUCAAGGACUGUGAUCCCACCUUUGUGAGCAUUGACGGCGGAAGUGUGGUGACGCUGACGGGCUGCAAGAUGGGCUCGACGGGGUUGUCGGUGUCCUUGCUGAAGCGGAUUGAGGCCGGUUACCGGUUCGUUGCUGGGUGUCUGACGGUCGCGGGACGGAAGGUGACGACGGCGGCAGAACUGGCGCUCCACGGCAUCAACAACGUGACGACGGUUGCCGCGUGCGGGGAGUGCACGAAGGACGGCGACUGCUUUGCACCGCUGACGACGGCGGUCAUUGACUGCAAGUGCCAGUGCGCUGCUGGAGGGCACGGCGAUGUGUGCGCCCCGGCGCCUGUGCCUGCUGGGCCGCCACCACCGCCACCGCCGCCACCAACAACACCACCACCAGCAACACCCACGCCGCCACCGCCGCCGGUUGGUGAGUGCAUCAGCGACAUGGUGUACCCCGAGGUGGCGCAGUCUGUGGGCAGCGGGCUGUCGUGGCUGUGCUACCGCAACGUGACGUUCAGCGGGGUCGGCAUGAGACUGACGGUGCUGCUUGGGGGGAUGACGGGCGACGUGGCGAAUGUCAGGUUCGAUGGAUGCACGUGGAGGGACGGCGCCGUGCUAUUGCUGUUGGGCAACGUGCACGCCGCUGUUGGGUCGCUGAACAUCUUCGUCACCGGCAACACAUUUAGUGACGCGCUGCUCAGCCCGGAGGGUGGGUUUCCACAACACACGAACAUCACGAUCAGCGGGAACCGCUUUACGGUCACGAGGCUGGUCCCUCGGUCGGGUUUGGUCCUUAGGAAGCCGUCGUGUGUUGCGAUGAAUGGGCUGGUGAUCAGCAACGACUCCGCGGUGGUGCUGAGCGGCAAUGUGUUUCACGCCGUGGCGGCAUCGUCAAGCGCCAUUUACGUUGUCAGAUCUGCGCUGAGGGUGUCGUGGCACUCCGUGUUUGCGGUGUUAGGCAACACGUUUCAUAUGGCUGGCGCUAACAGUACUCUGAUACAUCUUGAGGGAACUAGACAGUCUUUGCCGCUGAACGUACUGAACAGCUCUGCUUUGGUGAUCCGAGGCAACGUUGUGUCGAGGCCGGUGAAGUACUUCAUGAACAUUUUGUCGAUCUUACGUGUGGAGUCUCAUUCAGCUGUUGUGUUUCAGGGCAACGACAUGCAGGGAAGCUUGGCUGUGUUUUAUUCAAGGUACUCCUCCAACAUCUACUACAACUCCUGGCUGCAGUUGAGCGGCAACCUAUGCCGUGAAUCCCCAUUGCAUGCUUUUGCUUCUCUUUAUCCCAAAGUGAAUCUCUGUGACUCCACAUUGUCUGUUUCUGGCAACGAAUUCAUGUCCAGCACGGGAAUGACGAAAGCGCUGUGGAUACCUGCAGUUUCCAGCGACCUCAAAAAAGGGGAGAUUGUGGCCGCGUGCAACACUGUGAACGGCGGUGAGAGAGUGAAAUACAGCAUCCCGUCCGUGUACAAUGCCACUAUCCUGAGCUGCAGCGACCCAUGCGCCCUCGCGGCAUCGUGCUUCCCUGCGUACACGACGACGGCUUUGAGUGAUGGCUGCGCCUGCACGUGCGCGGAGGGCGGCCAUGGCGAUGCGUGCCUGCCUGUCGCUGUCCCCGAGCCACCGAGCACCGACGGCGCCGACUUGUGCGUGCGUGACGUGCGUGUGGAUGUGGAGGUGAACGCCGGUCUCGGGACGUCGGUGGUGUGCUACGUUGGUGUGACCUUUGCGGCAGACGUCGUGGUGGAUGUGGAGUCGAUGUCAGGGAGCGUGCGCAACGUGACGCUGGCGAACUGCACGUUUGUGCGCGGAGCGAGCCUGUACGUUGUUGGGUGGCGGUCCGACCCGCCUGCUGAACACCGCGCCGAUGUGUUGAUCAGCGGGCUUGAGUCGCGCUCCGGCGGCGGCGUGGUGGUGGCGAACCGAUUUCCGCCGGGCUCUCGCAUCACCGUGGUGGACUCGGUGCUGAUUGCGGAGAAGCAUGUUGCGUACCGCGGCGCCUACGGCCUUGGCGACGCGUCCGCGUGCCUCGUGGUGCACAGCGUGAAUCUGACUGGGAGCGUGCUGACCAUCGCGCGCACGCAUGUGGCGGCUGUGUUCCGUGACGCUGUUGGCGUGUUGUUUGUUGGCGGCGUGGCGCUGUCGUCGCGCGGAGCGCUUUACGUGGACGGGCUGUCGGUGCAGACGGCGCUGGGGCUGUGCGUGUCGGUGGAGAGCGGUGUUGCGGCCAGCGGCGGCUCCGUGGUGGCGUUUGUUGACAGCGACUUCCUGCUGUGCAAGCACGCGGUGUCUGUGCGUGGGGCUGUGAGCGUGUCGGGCUCCGCCGUGGUGCUUGUGCGGAGCGAAUUUUCGUCGACGGAGGAAUACGCGGUUGCGUUUUAUUCGACGGUGAGCCUGGCCGGUGGGUCGAUGCUUCUGGCGAAGGGCAACGUGCACGACGGCGUCUCGAAAGAGAUGCUCCACGCCGCUGGCGCCGUGACCGCUGCUGGGAGCACGCUGAGCUUUGUGCGCAACCGAGCGGUGCUGCCGCGGAUGCUGUCGCUGAGCCUGUCGCUCUCGGCUGGGGCGCAUUUGAGGGUGGCGUGCAACGACGCUGGUGGCCGUGUCCUGUCGACGGCGGAGGAGUACGCAGCGGCUGGUUUUGGCGACGCUGGGAGCAUCGACGUUGCUGGGUGCGACGCCUGCGAAAGGGACACGCACUGCUACGCGCCCGGGACUGCGUCUGCGAGCAUGAGGAACGGUGUGUGCGUGUGCGCGUGCGGCAGCGGCGGGCACGGCGAGGCGUGCGUGCCUGUGGGAGCUCCCGCACUGCCGCCCGCUGCGGGCACCGCGCCGAGUGUGUUUGUCCGCGAGGGCGUGACGGUGCGGUCGGUGUUCGUUGUGCCUGCCGGUGUGAGCGAGGUGACGCUGCGCCACGUUGUGCUGGACGGCGUGAGUCCGGUGCUCUACG